AUGGGCCUACCCCAAAAAACCGACAUCCUCGUGAUAGGCAGCGGCAACGCCGGCCUCAGCGCCGCCCUCUCAGCCGCCCAAACCAACCCAAACCUAAGAAUAACUGUAAUCGACAAAAGCCCCGUCUCCUGGGCAGGAGGCAACAGCUACUUCACAGCCGGUGCCUUCCGCACCGCCCACAAUGGGCUCCACGACCUCCUCCCACUAGUCAACAACACCGACGCGACACAGGCAUCCCGCAUUGACAUACCAAUCUACACCGAACAAGACUUCACCGCGGAUCUCCAGCGCAUGACAGGAAACCGCACCGACCCCGCGCUAUCAGCAGCUCUAGUCCGCGACUCGCGCGAAGCCGUCGGCUGGCUAGCCGCUAACGGCAUCCGCUUCCAACUCUCCUUCAACCGCCAGGCCUACGAAGUCAACGGCAGAAUCAAGUUCUGGGGCGGACUCGCGCUAAAGACCCAAGAUGGCGGUAAGGGUCUUAUCGAGGAUGAGCUGCGCGCUGUCAGGGACGCCGGCGUGGAUGUCUUCUUCGACACGGCUGCCACAGCGCUAGUGACUGAUUCGACGAGCGGCGCUGUUGUCGGCGUUGAAGUUGUUAACAGCGACAGUGCUGGACGUAAUAAAAUGACCAUCGCUGUCGGCGCGGUCAUCCUCGCUGCAGGCGGUUUCGAGGCAAAUCCGCAGCUGCGUGCGCAGUGGCUCGGUCCUGGAUGGGAUAGUGCGCGUGUGCGUGGCACACCGUAUAAUACGGGUGAGAUGUUGCAGAUUGCGCAGCGGGAUGUGUCGGCCAAGACAGCGGGGAACUGGAGUGGAUGUCAUAGUGUGGCGUGGGAUGCGGAUGCGCCGGCGGAUUCUGGGAACAGGGAGGUUUCAAAUGAGUAUACCAAGAGCGGGUAUCCGCUGGGGGUUAUGGUGAAUCGGGAUGGGGAGCGGUUUGUUGAUGAGGGGUUUGAUAUGCGCAACUAUACGUAUGCGAUGAUUGGACGGCGGGUGCUUCAGCAGCCUGGGCAGGUUGCGUUCCAGGUUUGGGAUGCGCGGACUGUGGCGUGGCUGCGUGAGGAGGAAUAUCGUAGUGAGGUUGUUCGACGUAUUGAGGGCGCGUCGUUGGAGGAGCUUGCGGAGAAGUGUGCGGAGGUUGGACUUGUUGAUCCUGAGCGUUUUGUGGAGAGUGUUAAGGAGUAUAAUGCUUCUGUUGAGGAUGGGGAUGGGCAGAAGAGGUGGGAUCCCACUGUCAAGGAUGGGCUUGCUACUAAGGGGCUGGCUGUUCCCAAGUCGAAUUGGGCUUUGCCUAUUGAUAGGCCGCCUUUCCUGGCUGUCAAGGUCACGGCGGGCAUCACGUUCACUUUUGGUGGAUUGGCUGUGAAUCCUGAAACUGCGGCAGUCAUUUCGGAGACAACGAGUAAUGAGGUUCCUGGAUUGUAUUGUGUGGGUGAGAUGCUUGGAGGCAUCUUCUACGAUAACUACCCCGGUGGAAGUGGAUUGACUUCUGGGACGGUCUUUGGGCGUCGUGGUGGUCGAGCAGCAGCGGAGCGAGUUGGGGAGAGUGGAAGAAUAGAACGGCUGUGA